GGCCCCAUAUUCCUGCUCGACAUCGCCUCUUGUAAGACGACACCGUAUACGUCCAAGGCACCACCCUGGGUUUUCUCCACCAUAAUACAAACUACCUACAGGCUGUGCAAUUUCUGUUUAGGUGUACGCUCUCGGAUCAGGUUAGACUGGAUUUCUGUUCAUACACACUCCCAGUCUGAGCUCAGCGUUCAACUUCAGCACAGCUUCGGCCUGGUUUGUGAGAAGAACUGCCAGAGAUCAGAAAUGAACUGGUCAGGACUGCAGAUUCUGAUCAGCGGGGUGAACCAGUACUCCACUGCGUUUGGUCGUGUCUGGCUCUCCAUGGUGUUCGUGUUCAGGGUCUUGGUGUUUGUCGUAGCGGCGCAGCGCGUCUGGAGCGACGACAACAAAGACUUCGUGUGCAACACCAGGCAGGUUGGCUGCACCAACGUGUGCUACGACAGCAUCUUUCCCAUCUCCCACAUCCGCCUCUGGGCUCUGCAGCUCAUCUUCGUCACCUGCCCGUCGCUCUUGGUGGUGGCUCACGUCAAACUGCGAGAAGAGAAGGACAAAAAGCACGCCAAACGUCACAAGGGCGAGCACCUGUACGCUCACCCCGGGAAAAAAAGAGGCGGGUUGUGGUGGACCUACAUGCUCAGCCUUCUGUUCAAAGCGGGAUUCGACGGCGCCUUCCUCUACAUCCUGUAUUACCUCUACGACGGCUUCGACAUGCCACGUCUCUCCAAGUGCUCCCUGGAGCCGUGUCCGAACGUGGUGGACUGCUUCAUCUCGCGGCCUACGGAAAAAAAGAUCUUCACGCUCUUCAUGGUGGUCACGUCUGCCCUGUGCAUCCUGAUGUGCCUGUGCGAAAUGAGUUAUCUGAUCGGAAAGAAAAUUCUCAAAGCCAUAAGCAGGCGGAUGGUUCCCAGGCAGUGCGAGCACCGCGAUGUUACAGAUCAGGCGAAUCGGCGACAGAAAUGCAGGAUAGAUCGGACCCUCACCAGCAUGGAGAACCUCAGAUUGUUAAAACAAACUGAGCAAUCUCCUGAAACUAAAUGCACUGCAUCUCCUGCACUGUAAAACCACUCAGUAUUACUGAUUGAGUCAAUGAUUCAUAAGUCCUCAGGCAUGAACAUAUCUUUCAUUUAAAAGCCCAAUUACAAUUUUCAGACUCAAUUUCGGUUAAAUACAUAUUAAUAAGCCAGAAUACAUCUGGGAAAUGACCUUUAGGCCUUUAUGCAGACAAAUCUGGCUUUAACUGGCUUUAUUUAAAAAAUAAGGCUUUCAAAAACCAACAAAACCAUUCUAAAAACAGGCAGAGGCUCGAAUUUGCAAUUAAGGACUCUUUGCUGUAGCAUGGGGAGCCUUGAAUCUGCACAGGCAAGACCACCAAGCCAUUCUGGAGCACAACGUACCGAUAGUGUCAGAAAACCCCACCUCAGUCGCUGCUUAUGGCUCCUCCAACAGGAUAAUGACCCAAAACUUACACCCAGAAUGACUGUAAAGACCAAAAGACUGGAUAAGAAGUGGUCUUCUAUAAACCCUGAUCUGUCCAAAAACUAUUGAAAGAGUUGAAACCUGCAUUGUGGGAGUAUGAAAAGUGGGCCAGAUGACUAGAGACAGGUGGAGAAGUCUCAAUGAACACUACAAAAUUAUAGCUAAUUUGUGGAGCCCUUUAACGGCUAUAUAUUAGAUCCGAUUUCUAUUAAAAAUGGAAUAAUGAUGGACAGCAAUUAAAAUGGUUUUAAGUUAUUUUAGAGAAAGGGAGGAAAAAAUGUGUAGAAUCGAUACCUUUUUUUUCAACGGCUUAAAUAAAGUUGUUUCCUUGUGCAAUACUGAAAUCACAAAAAGAAUGCAAUGCAGUAUGUGUAUCAAUGUUAUAUGAAUGUUAUUUGGAUCCAGAUGUGCUAAAAUAUAAAUAUAUAUUUAUACGCAUAUUCAUUGAUUAUUUUGAAUCACUAAAAAUGGAUUUUACAGAUGAGCCAAGUCUCUGCUGUAAUAAUAGAUCAGAGACUUAUAUCCCUAUUCUCCAUACCAAAAAAAACGCCACAGUGCACAUAUCCGCGAUUAAAACCGUCCGUGUGGAAACAUAAA